ACCCGUGUACCGACUCGGAGCCGCGCGGCGCCGACGCCGGCCGCUCCGGGGUUUAUUUACGACGCCGCGGCGUCUCCGGAGGCAUCGCCACGCGUCUCCCCGACGACCCCCCUCCCGCCCCUCCCUCCACCCCCGGGUCCCUGCCAGAAGCCGAUCGGGCCUCCGGGGGGUUGACGAUCUUUCUGCUUCUCUCUUUCUCUUUCUUUCGUUCUUGCUUCUCUUUUCUCUUUUUCCCCUCCCUCCUUCUUUCUCCCUGUUCCUAUCCGUCCUCCGCGUCGUCCUCGUCGGAUUGAUCGACCCUGACGCGGCGGGAUCGCUCGCGCGAAGAAGCACGGGGUUCGCCGGGGGACGCGGUGGACGCCGCUAGCAUCCCCGUGAACGCUCCACCGCGCGAAACCGACCUCCCGAACGGCGUCGCGGCGCUCUCUUUUUCAGCGGCGACAGUGAGUGCGCCGGACUGUUUUCUUUAAUGAUAUGCCGAUCAUAUGGUCGCGCGACCGCGUUCCCGUGCACCGAAUUGUGUAACGUUACAUGCUUCGUCGUGGCAGGUGGCAUGGCGAGUCGCGUUUUAUCUCGCACCUUCGGACGUGCGUGGCACGUUGGUUAGCUCGGACGCUUCCUGAGCCGCCCGAGCGUCGUCGUUGUCCGGUCGUCGUCGGUAGCGAGCCGAGUCGCGUGUUCGUUCCCGUUAUUUCGAGGAUCUUCCGCUCGCGAACCUACACAAAUAUUCGCGAUAAUCCGCCUAUUCUUGCACGAUUCUAACGAAUAUUUAUUAAACAUUUUAGCCGAACGUUAUAGAAACAGGGUAGAAAAUGUCAGAGCCUGAGGAAAGUCUGGCAGCGCCCGAUAGUACUACAAGGGAACAGCGGGUUGGCUUCGCUCAUGGAGAUGAUGUUCUUCAACACAGAGAUGGGAAAUAUUAUCUUGGUACAGUUGUUGAGGUGGACUUGGCAAGGGAAAGAUGUCUUGUCAAAUUUUUGGACAAUACAUCUUCCUGGUCAUCGUUUAAAGAGCUGACAAAAUUGGCUCUGCCAGACUCGGAUGUUAUGUGUGUUCUUUGUAAGAAAUCUCAGCCUAAGACUGACAAUGACAUUAUUAUUUGCGACAAAUGUGGCCGUGGUUAUCAUCAGAUGUGUCAUCAGCCUGAAAUAUUAAAACCAGAGCCAGGUAAAGAUGUUCACUGGAUAUGUAAAAGGUGCACAGAUAGCCAUCCACGCACGCGUGAAUCUUGCGAGCCAAAAAAUUCCAUGGUUAAGGCAAGCAUCAGAAAAGUAUGCAGCGGUAGGGACCAACCUCAACCACCACCAGAUGACAUGACAAAAUUGCCAUAUGAUCCUGAUAUGCUAAGUUGGGAUAAUCAUCACAGAGUAAACGCUGAACAAAUUUAUUGUUACUGUGGACUUAAUGGUGAAUGGUAUGCACAGAUGUUACAAUGCGGUCGUUGUAAACAAUGGUUUCAUGAAAAGUGCAUCAGGUGCUUAACUUAUCCCUUGUACAGUGGUGAUAGAUUUUAUGUAUUUGUUUGUUCGAUGUGCAAUCAUGGGAAAGAAUUUGUUCGGCGUUUAGAAAUGAAGUGGGUGGAUCUUGUGCACCUGAUGUUGUACAAUCUGACUGUUUAUAACGCUAAAAAGUAUUACGAUUUGGACACUGUUAUUAUACCUUACGCAAAUGACAACUGGUUAACUUUACAGCUUCCACCACGGAUUAGAGAUGUUAGUGCCGAAGUACGCAGGGAAACAAUAUUGUCAGUAUUGACAAAUAAUAGAAACAGAUUCAAGUGCGGUAAAGAGAUAAAGAAACGCACUACAAUAUGGGGCCUCCGUGUCAGACUGCCACCACCUUCUCCAUUUAUCAAUUUUCCAAUGUCUGGUGAGAUAGAUGAUUCUGUAUUACGUAGAUGUUGGGCUGGUAAUAAAAGACUGCAAUAUCUUCCUCCACCAACAGGUCCGGUGAGUUUGCCAGAAAGUACAAAACAAUUGAUUGCAUUAAAGCAAAAAGCAGCAGAAGAUGUAGAAAUUCCCGUGAGUCCUACACAUCUGAUAAUGCGAGGUACACUUUAUCAAAAUUCAGAAGCAGAGCAAAGUUCGUGUCCAAGUCCGCCUCCACUAACAGAAUCCAGUCAAUCAAUAGAAUCUUUAAGAGACAGAUAUUGCAAUAUAGGCGGCGGUUUUGUAAAAAAAUCAUUCCCAUUUCCUAAGUUGAGUGUACAAAGGAGAAUUCGUCGUCUACUAGCAUUAGGCAAUUCACGAAAAAGAAUGCUACGUAAACAGAAAAAGAGAGAGAAAACAUGCGGCGAAAGUACCAAGGAAGCAUUACUAGAAGAUCGAGAAGCAAGAUAUAGAAAAGCAAGGAUAUUAUUAAAGAACGCCAUUGCCAAGGUAAAAGAGAGGAAGAGUAAACCACAGAGCUCGGAAGCAUCCGAUUUACCUCCAACACCUCCAACUUCCGUUUCUGGACCGCCAACACCACCAGCUACAACAUCAGGUAUAUCCGAGUUAUCUGUGCCUAGUUCCAUGGAUCUGAUGCCUCUGCCACCUUCGACGCCCGCGGACACGAGCGGGGAUGAGACUAGUUCGAGAGGAACUCUCGACUCCUUUAUUCCGCCGCCUAAAGAUUUCGAAGGAAAGAAUAAUCCAUUCAGUGAUUUGGUGGGCACACCUUGUAGCCUUAAUCAAGCAAACUCAAGUACGCCGUUACCUUACAACCAGUGUCCUAUCACUUUGCCUCUGCCAUUGACGCCCGUGAUCUCGCAACCGCCGGUAGUACGUCCAACCAAGAGGCAAUUAUCAGAGAAGGAUAUUAUCGUUGACAGAAACGGGCAAGUGAAACGUAGAAGACAACAUAGACGAGGACGUCCACCCGUCCAACAGCAACAAUAUCAGCAGACCGCCAGUAAGACGGCGGCAAUUCUACCGGCACGUAAUAACGAAGUUAAAAGUGAAUUUGCCAGGAAUUUAAGAAGUUCAUUUAAUGGUGCCUCGAGCAGUGCGAGUAGUCAAAUUGGGAAUUGUGUGGAUUAUGCCUUAAACGGUAGGAGGUUGAGACAACGACAAAGUAAUGAUAAAUUACUCCCUCCCCCCGAUCCGCAACCGCAGAGAAAGAGCAUGUCUUCAUCCCCAAAGUGUUCGCCUGUGAAGCAAAGUGCGCCUGACAUAUCUCUGGAUGAUUUGAAAUCAUCGGUGAAUAUUUACUUCGGUGCAGCUAAUAGGAUAGCUGCUGGUGAAAAGUUUGCCAUCAAAGCGAAGAGGAUAGGGCCAAACGGUCAGAUACAGUACCUCAUCGAAUGGGAGGGACUCAAUACUUAACGGUAAAUAAUCCGCUUACUACGAAUACAUUGCAAUCGUACACAAAUUUUAAGUUGAGAUCGCAAGCGCAAGAUGGCGAUCAUCUAUAUCGACAUCUUAAAAUCAAUUCUCUCGAUUUGCUUCUACAGCAAAAUAAUUGUGAUCGAUUGUUUUGCGUUAUAUGCACUGCCACUUGUUACGUACAUUUCAUUAAAAUGUAUGUAUUUAUCUGCGUAGAAUAUGUGAAUGUUCUUGUAAACGUAUGUUCUCAAUUUUCAUUGAUCUAUCAAUUGUACGAGAGAUUUUUGUUAUGCUCAAUAAAGAUUAUUGUUAGACAAUGAAUUCGUCGUCGCAUUUAAAAUAAAAUUUAUUCAUCGAAUAGUGUAUUAAUUCGUAUUAAUGGAUCAAAUAAUGUUACAAGAUAAUUUUUUAAUGUUUAUUUAUAUGACCAAAGUCAAGUAUACGAUCUAUGUUGAUGCUUGACAUAUACACACUUCAUUGUUCACAUACAUACAUCUAAUAUUGAAACGAAUAUACACACCAAAAUGCUUGUUUGAAAAAAAAACGUUUGCAAGAACAAUCGGAUGUAUUGCUUGUCAACUGUAAAUAGUGUAGCAUAGUAGAUUUGCGGAAGUAUCGACGAUGUAAGUCACGUAGAGAAUGUUCCGUGUGAUUUACAUUCGCUACAGAAAGAUUGGCAAAUCGUCUUCUCCAAAUAUAAAGGUCGAACCCCCCUAUGAGUAUGACAACAAAAAAGUGAUUUGGAACCAGACACUUGUUCCUCUUACUUGUACUAACGUACUAGCGAAUGUUAGUGGUUAGUAGUGAAGAGUAAAACAAAGCAGACAUUCUGCAAAGGUUAUUUUUUAAUACAUUUGUAGAGAUAAUCAUCGCCUUUUGUAACUUCAUUGUCUUGAAUUACAUUUUAAUUUUAUCUUUCUGACAAUACAAUGCAAAUCAAAAUUUUUCUAAAAAAGAUUAACUCACCCUAAUUUUUACACUCGUGAAUCAGUUUACACGCAUAUUGCGAAUGCACAAAAGAAAUGCAAUGUUGCAAUAUUUUUCAUAUAGAUCAGACUUAAAUCAAUGUACUUUAAGACGAUGAAGGUACAGAUUUAGCAUUGCUCAUUAUUAUACAAGACUAAGAGAAAACGGCACACCUGUUUCAUACCAUUUGAAAUUAAAUGAACGGCGCACUGAAUACGUAAGUAAUUGGCCAAGUUAUCUGUGCAAAGUAAUCUACCGUAAAUAUGAAAACUCUACUGAAAACUGUGUUAUCAAACACAGCUCAUAUGUGAGCUCAUUAUUAGCUGUGCACUCUGUAAAAACCUUUAUUUAUUAAACAACUAGAAAUUAAAUUACAAUUGUACAUAAAUAGAUUGGUAUCUAAACUGUUACAUAACACAGUUAGAUAUGGUAGUUGAUAAAUGUAACAGUGUCGUGAAUUAUCUUACAAUAAUUUUUGAUACAAAUUAUUUUAUACAACUCUGGAUCCUGCUGGGAUUAUUAUGUAAGAGCAUUUUGUACCUCAUACUGCACAGAAUCUAUGGUCAUAACUUACUAAUCAGAAAAUAUAAGCAACUAUAAGCGAUUUAAUGUAGACAUUGCAGUAGUAUCCAUCAUUAGUCUCAAAUCAAAAAGAGCUUAUUAGAAAAGUGAAUUUUUAAGCAUUUCGUUCUCGGUUUAUGAUAAAUUAUAGAAAUUCAAUUUUACAAUGAAACUUUGUUUUGUUUUACACAUUCAUGACGUGUUGCUAAUAGGAAAUUAACAUAAUGUACAAAUGUUUAUUUCUUAUUUUCUGAUUUUUUUAAACGAUCAAAUGAAAAUUAUGCCGGAAAUAGAAGUUUUAAUUAUGAUCAGUUUCAGAUUUUUUAUGCAUAAUAAUAAUGUUUGAAAAAUGCAUUCAGACUUUUAAAUUAAUUUUUAUUAAAUUUUAGUUUUCAAUGAAUAAAUGUCAUCUUAGAUAAUUUUAUUUCGAAGAGUUUUUCAAUAGGCUGAAAUAACGAAUCUAAAAAAAAAAACUCAUGCAAAUCAACAUUUAAAAUUUAAGCAUUUAUCUCCGCUAUUUAUUUAAACGUUUUAAAUAUCCUACACAAUGGCACUUUUGUAUUUCGGGUUUUUUUCUUUUUGGAAGAGGCUCAAGCAAUCUGAGGCCACUGUGGUAUGAAAUGAGAGAUUUUUCACAAAUUAUUUUUAUUAUAGUCGUAAUAUUUUUAAUGAGUCAAAAUGAAAGUGUGUCCAAAACUUCGAAUCUUCCUUUCAUCAAUUUUUAUACAAAUAAUUUUUGUAAAACAUAUACAAUAGACUUCUUUCAUGUAUUUCGGUAAAAAAUUACGUUUUAUAUAAAUAUUUCUCACAUCUCUCUUACGUAAUGCAUUGUUUUAUGAUAUUAACAAGUUUUUAUUCGAUAUUUAACAAGUUUUUAAUCGACAGAUCACAUAAUGUAUAAUAUAAUAAAUGAUUAUACAUAUUAUAUAAUCGUAAAUUUUUUUUAUGUAAUUCUAACAAUUUCAAGAACAUCUUUUUCGAUUCAUACCACAGCACACUCUAUUGAUAUCUCUUUUAGAGUGAUAUGUAGAUAAUAUUGGACGAAGACAAGAAAUGUACACUGCCAAAUUUCUAAGUUAUAUUUAAUAAAUGAUGUCGGAUAUCUUUGCGCUAUGAUAUAUAAUGGCGUUUAAUUAAAUGAAAUUGCGAUUUACACUUCGUCGCGCGUUAUUUCACACGCGAAUUUCGCAGAAAAAUGUAUCGCUAAAACUCACGACGAAAUUUCAACGAAACCGUUUCAUAAUGUGCAUGCAUCCAAGUCUUAUGAAAGUGAAAUAGAGCGUAAACUUUAGCGUUUCUUAUAUUUAAUGUAAGAGGUGGCGUAAAGGGAGAAGCAAAAACUCUCAAACUUUUUAUCAAAUUAUGUGUAAGAAAUUGAAGAACCAUAUAUCUGAUACAUAUUUUCUACAGCAUGCGAUCUCCAAUUGCACGAUAACGUAAGGCCCGAAUUUAAAACAUAAAACAUCAAAAGAGACAUAAACGUAGAAUUGUCGAACCUUAUCUGUCGAGUUGAAACGAAUUGUAAAGACUGCAGAAAUAGACCGUAGGAUUAUAGAAACGUGUACGCCACUGCACUCUGUGACCCUGACCUGGAAUUUAUUGAUACCUUGGUUUCCUUAGAUGUAUACAUAUCAAAGAAGUAAGUUGCAUUAAGGCGGUAACUAAUUAUAUAUGUGAGGAUAUAAUCUGAAUAUACCCACGAAGACACUAAUGCCUUCUCAUUCCAAGUUGCGCGUAGUUGUACCGAAUUAUAUUAGUGUUUUCCAUUACUAUGUGAUAAAAAAAUGUAUAUAAAAAUACAUAUAAAAUAUGUCCUGAUUUAUAAAAUAUGUUUUCAAAAUAUAUCGAUAUAUAUAUAAAUAUGUUACAUAUACUUUCUUUUUCUUCACAACAUAAUAUAUGAAUAUAAAAAAAAGAAUUUUAAAUGUUUCAACACGCAACACAAAUUUAAAUGAUUAAGCAUUUUUUGUCCUCGUGUGUACAUUUAUCGAUAAACCUGAAACGAUAAAGUAUUAUUAUUUUAAUUUAAUUUUACUUAUAGUAUUUAUUAAUUCAAAAAAUGUAUUAAUUUAUCAGGUCAAAUUUAACAGAGUGUUAUAGCGAAAAGCAAGUACUUCGAGCGUUUCUUUCUCUAACUUAUUUAAACGAAAGAUCCUUGAUUUAUGUUCAACGUUUUCCCCGUUGUUUUGCACUUUUAGAUUUGUCCUCGAAAGAAUAUAACCACGUGAUAUAACUAUGUAAGGUUUUGUAUCUAUUAUAUGAGACUGUUCCCCUUUCUCAAAACGAACGUGAGUAGCGUUUUGCGAGUUUUAGAUUCUCCCGUGCCCAUCUCCGCCGACGAUACGUUGCCGUUUCUUUCCUUUUACGUAUGCUUAAGUAGGAUAAACGAGGGACACUGCGUCGUACCGAUGCGUUGUAUACCAUUAACGAUUUAAGGCGAUCGACCAUGCGUUCAGAUACCGAGGAGCGUCAUCUUCGCGACUUUGCAGCGACUUUUUGUACGAGAUGUUUAUACAUAUGAUUUCUAACGUGUCUAAGGGCGAAUGAUUUUUCGCGAUCGCCGAAGCCCAGCCGUUUGGACUUCUAACGCGCGUAGAAAUCGGAAAGAAUGCGGAAAGGAGAACCGUUAAAGUUGACACGCCGCGUGUAAGUUUCGUGCCGGCUCGCACGGAUUCUAAUCGCCGCGGUGAAUCGUCGCGGUCCGCCGGAGACCCGAGGGAGGAUGUUGUCUAGUUAAUUAUCGCUAUCGCGAAAUGAAGUCCACGUUCGUAUCCGUGCGUGUCAAAUCGGCGCGCCCGUGCACGUCUAAUCGGAACGGAACGUGCGCCGCGCGACGAGGGAGACUGUAAGAAGGUGAAAAAAGUUAUACUGCCAGUAUAUCGUGUGUACAUAUUAUAUAUGACUCCCACAUCAUCCCUGAAUCGCCCGCCCUCCUCUUUUUUAACGUAUAGAUAUCCUUACAGAUACACACCCAGCGUAGCGCAUAUAGUUGAUACGUUAUAUUACCGUUUGUAUGGCGAUUACAGAGCGUGUGCGAUAACGAGCUCGGGGGAAGCUCGGCGUGUGUUACUUUCAGAGCGGAUCCCACCGUCGCCGCUCCUCGGCGGCGCGGCGUGUUCUUAAGUGUUCUUCGUUAUGAGGUUUCAAUCGCGAGACGUGCGGAAAUUUACGAUAUCUUGGAUGUACUCGCGACGCGUCUUCGACUGCGAGGGGAACCAGAGUUCCUCAAUUAAGAGCUUGGACACCAAUUAGACAAAGAGUGCUUCUUUAAGGAGGCUCCUGUCGUAACUUGAAUUUUAUAAAAUGUGGUAUUGUAAUCUUAAUUUUUUAUCUUCAUAUUUUAUCUUUAGGCAUCUUCUAUGAACGUGACUAGGCCAUUUGCGUUAGGAUUAAUUUUUAUUACUUUUACAAGUAUAACAAAAUGGCGACUAUUACGGAUACUUUAACGUCUCUGGAGAGUAUUUGUAUGGUUGUUAAUUUAAAAAAUUGUGCAUAAUUGUUAUAAUUAUGGCAAUAAGGUCAGAGAAAUUACGAGAAAGGUCACGUCAUAGUCAUUUUUGUAUUAAAAAUUUAUAACUUUGAAACAAAAAUUAAGGAAACAUACUUUCUUACUUUAAAAUUGAACUACAAAAAAGAAAUAAUACAAGUGUUAAAAAGUUGAAUUACAUAAGUAUUAAAAAACAUCAUUUUUAAGUUGCUGAAUAAUAACUUAACUUUUUGAUGGUGUCGAAAGAUCUCUUACGUGAAGAACUCUAAGGACAACCGUAAACUCGAGCGUUUCCGGAGUUAUUUUAUUCGUACAAUCCGGAGAUUCGUGUGAUAAUCAAUUCUGAUUUGGUCCUUGGAGGUGGAGUCUUCGGUCUCUAGCCAAAACAAAAAUCCUCGGAGAAAGAAAAGUGAGCGAAAACGCUUUAGUCAAUGCAUUAAAUUAGCUGUUAUUUGUAAAAAUUUAGAGUAUUCUACGUUGUUGAAUGAACAUUCUCCGAUCGGUCGGGCUGUCCAGCAGUUGUACGUGAAAUCGCGGCCACGUUUGGAAAUUGCUUCGUAUUACGCGUUUAUCGCGUUGUGAAUUAUCUCGUCGCUAUAACGUCGACUAAAUUCAGAAGGAGCGAGAUCAAGUCAAGUUGUCGAUUGUACGCGAUCACGAUGCAUAAUGUUAUUCAUUUCAGAAUUACAACGUUAUUUUACGUCGUUUGCGGGAACCAACAGCGUCUGAACGAUCUGUAUGCACAAUAUGAUUAAUAUCGAUUGAUUUUCUUUCGAAUAUUUUAUAAGACACGCUAAUUCGAGUGUUGGUCGCCCGAUUACGGAAUACGGAAUGCGUGAUUCGUACCGGGAGGCGGCCCACUUAUUUUUGCCAAAAGUAUUGUAUUUAUGGAGUCGGUCGUUUUUUUUUGUUCGCCUGUAAUAUUAUACUCUAUUGAGAGAAAAGAAAAAAACGCGCCGAUCGUUUCUGACGGUAAGAUUAUUAGUUUGAUGUAAGUAAUGUAAGCGUGCAACACGCGUCACAAAAGUUUUCGUACCAGCAACGUGUUCGUAAUGAAUUCUAUAUCUUUAUAGAUAAAUCUAGUUUCGACAAUAUUGUAAUGUAAGAGCCAUUUUCACGGGGGUACUGAUGAUUUCGCGAUUUCGAUAUGAUUCUCACAACGAAAGACCCGAUCGACAGCGUUUACGUGCCAACGGCAUCGAUAGUCCCUCGAGGGAAAGGAAAAUAGGAAAGAGGAAAAUAGGAAGGAAAAAGAAGAGAGAACUCACCGCUCGCAGUCCAAAUUUUGUAGGGAUUAUUUUAGGUAAUAAGAGUCUCGACGCGCGCGAUUUUGCAGCUAGUAAAUAAAUUCCGAAAGCCGGCCUCCCCCGCCGAGAGGCGAAACGGAUCGCCAAGCCGAGAUCGAUUUCUGUAAUCUUCUGUGCGGAGAGAGACUGCGACUGUAAAAACGCGCAUGGAAAAGCGAGCGUGGGAGGAGCGUGUAAUAUUGCACUCCGAAUGCAAAUGCAUUUAAUUUGCUAAUGUGUGGUACAUGCGUAUGUGUGUGUAUGUAUGUGUACACUUAUGUACGUGCACGAUAUAUAAAUUCUAGAGAGUGAGAAUGAGAAAGAGCGAGAGCGCAAGCGAGCGCGCGCGCGUGCGUUGGAUGAUAUUUCGAAAUUAAUAAUUUGUCAUAGAGGCGAGACGACGCGGAAACAAAGUGAGAUAAAUGCGUCUGUCCCCGAUCUCUCCCCGAUAGUAUUCGUGACUGGGAGGAUGGAGAAGCUUCGCGUCACCGUUUGCGAUCUCUCGGUUUCUUCCUUCCUUUUUGCCUUAUUUUUCCGUUUCGCGCGCGCGCGCGUCGCUCAGAUCGGGCGCAACAGGCAGACCCCGAGUUUCGGCCGUUUCGCCCAAAAUUGUUGUGUGAUAGAACCAACUUAUCUCCGCAGAUCUCCGAACGUUACGUUUUCUGCGUAUAUUUCCAAUUUUUAAUGUUAAUUCAGUAGUGGACUCUCUGUAUAUACACCGCCUGCGCUGCGAACAUUGCGAUUGUUGCUCUGGCCGACAUUCUUUCUGCAGCCAUUCCCCGGUCAUUCGAUGGUCCACGUCAGAAUCCUCGUGGACCAGGUGUUUCCAAACCAAUAAGAGUUCUAACGCGACUGAAAAAAAAUUUAUCAUCAUUCUCUGCAUUGUACAUACAGCCAUCGCUCGGUCCGUUCGGAGGUCGGUUUCCUCGAGAUAAACUGCCAGACCGUUCGAGGAAUUUAUUUUCGUACGGGAAUAAGAGACAAUCGUUCGUCGACUUUAAGUUAAAGCAAGAGGCUUCCCUGCGAGAAUCUUUCGUGCGACACACGCAUGUCUUCGCGAUUCUGUUAUGAUUUCGAUAGGUGGACGUCGCGACGAGAGGGAAACGGAAAGGAUUUGGCCAGAGCAUUUUUAUGUUUAUAGUAUAUAUACGAAUAUGUAUACAGAAUGCUCCGGAGUUAUCGCCGUUCGAUCGAUCUAUGCGAUUCUCUCGUACAAUGUUGAUUACGCGACAAAGUAAGAAUAAUCUUUGAAAUUAAUUUAUAUUGUUCGUUAUUGUGUUUUGUCAUGAUUUCGCUUCUAAGUUGCUGGAGAGAAUCCAUUGAUGCGCGAGCGUAACAGUGACAGUUUCGGGGACGCACUCGUACACAUGCAUAUAAAUAGUUUUACUUAAGAUUAUCUUAACGAGCUACAGUUCUGUCCUCUUUUUUUUUGUUUAUUUCGACGUCGACAGCUCGUAUGCCGUUACCCGUCGUUGCCGCGCCAAGCCGCGGACUUCGCGCGUCAAUUUUUUUAUCACACAUGGCACGACGGCGCUCGCCUGUUGGGGAAAACCAUGCUCUCCGGUAGUUCAUUGUUGUUUUUACUCAGCUUGUGUAAAGAGACUGAUAACCAUAAACUCCUUCACAUGUUUCAUUUUCAUACUUCAUCCGUUUUCAUUGAGUGGCGCGCAUGCGGAGACCCACGUACAAAAGGGAGGGUUUUAAAACGAGAAGAAAGGGACGAGGUCGAUCAUCGGGAUCGGCGGCGAUCGAUGAUCAUCGGACUCGCUGUUGUAAAGAGAGAAUAAUAAAUGAUACGUGUAGACUUAAC